GCCCGACUAAACUCCAGGCGAGAAGCCUGAUCGUUUGUCCUCUAUUCUCCCUUGUUAAUGCAAUCUCAGUGUUUGAUCUAUUGCCCAUUACUUGUAACUUUUAGGUGAUUGCCGAUUUUGACGGCACGCUCACGAGCUAGCAAUGGAUUGCUACAGCAGGGGAACGCGGAGUAUGAUGCCAAGAGGCAGGCGCUGUAUGAAUACUAUCAUCCCUUGGAGAUCUCGCCAACCAUUCCCAUCAAGGAGAAAACGAAACUGAUGGAAGAAUGGUGGGAGAAGACACAUGGUCUUCUAAUCGAGGGAGGCCUUUCCUUUGAUGCAAUAAAGAAAUCUGUCUCUGAGGCUACAAUUGCUUUUAGAGAUGGUGUUGUUGAGCUGUUUGAGUUAUUGGAGGAACUAGAUGUGCCUGUCCUUGUCUUUUCCGCAGGCCUUGCAGACAUCAUUGAAGAGGUUUUUAGGCAGAAACUACAUAGAUCUUUCAAGAAUAUCAAAGUUGUUUCCAACAGAAUGGUUUUUGAUGAAAAAGGCUGCCUUGUUGCCUUUAAAGGAAAGACAAUUCAUGUGCUAAACAAGAAUGAGCAUGCAUUGGAUAUGGCUACUCCUAUUCAUGACAAAUUCAGGUAUCCUAAUGGAUAUAAUCCUGAUAGUGUCUUGAUGAAGCAAAGAACUAAUGUGUUACUUCUUGGAGAUCAUGUUGGCGAUCUGGGCAUGUCUGAUGGUCUGAGUUAUGAAAACCAGAUAGCAGUUGGAUUUCUGAAUAAUAAUACAGAGAUGUCCUUCAAAAGUUACCUUGAUGCAUUUGACGUUGUAUACCUGAAUGAUGCAUCCAUGAGAGGAGUUGUUGAGCUCGUAUCUCAAUUGUGUGCAGAGAAUCAAUGAUAUAAAUACAUUAUGUGUAUGCAUUUAAUCAUGUUCUUAUCAUUUCCAGUUACAUACUUUGUCAUCUUUUCAAUUUUCCUCUUAUUUUUUACUUUGAUGAGAAGCAAAGUUAUCAUAUGAGAUGUUGAACAGAAAUUAUAUCUUCUAGAUUAAAUACAUAAUUUUUCUGGUACA